UUUUUUUUUUUUGACCAACUUGACAAAACUCUUUUCUAUUCUUCCUAGUUUUGUUGCUGUUUUUUCUCUCUUUCUUUUCCUACCAAAUUAAGGAAUAAUGGACUUGGCGAUUCUCAGAGAGUGGUUCGACCGAGUUGACUCGUCUCAAACCGGUAACAUUACAGCAUCUCAACUCAAGAAUGCACUUGCUGUCGGAAAUCUCGAUCUCCCACUUUCUGUUGUUCAACAAAUGAUCAGGAUGUAUGAUUUUGAUAAAAAUGGAACAAUGAGUUUUGAAGAAUUUGUUGCCCUUAACCAAUAUCUUUUAAAGGUUCAACAAGCUUUCUCAGACUUAGAAAGGGGCCGUGGAUUUCUUCUCCAUGACGAGGUUCAUGAGGCAUUAGUGAAGCUUGGGUUCUCACUUGAUUCUCCUGCCUUUUACACUGCAUGUGAGAGCUUUGAUCAAAAGAAAAAUGGGAUAUUCCUGCUGGAUGCUUUUAUAUCUUUGUGUAUAUUUCUACAAUCCGCUCGCAAUCUUUUUAACUCCUUUGAUACAAAUAAGCAAGGCAGGGUGACUCUUGAUAUGAACCAAUUUAUUUACUGCACUGCGAAUUGUAGAAUAUGAGAUUUCAAUCUGGUACCUAGCUCAUUCUUUGCCCCAGAAGAUCACUGUGAAGCUGUAAAUUUAUACUGAUAUUGUAUUUCAAACCAGCGGCAGUUGAAUGUGAUGCUACACUAGUGUAAUACAGAUUACCGCACAAGAGUGGGACAGCGAAUUUUGGUUCUUGUAUUAAUAUUGUUAUCAUCUUCUUAUGUAUAUGACUUUGGUCUUCUUUUCCUAGUGUAAAUUGUCAAACCCUGAUUCCUUUUCCUAGUGUAAAUUCCAAAAAUCUACAAUUUAUAUGUAUCAUAUUUACAGUAUUAUUGAAACAGAACCGUGCUUUCAAGAGUUUCAACAUCUUUA